GGGUACAUGUACUUCUGUACAUGAACAUGACGAUGCUGCUCGUGAUACACGCAAACCCCCACCAUCUGCGUCAAUGUCCACGACCCCCCGCCGGCGGCGGCCACCAGCACCACCCGACAUUUACAAGCUCGCGCUCACGACACACCCGGGCUACGCGACCUUCCACAAGUAUGAACACUACGACGAGGUGCUGGCCAAAAUUGAGCGCUCGGCCGCGCGCGGCUGGCCAUCACACCGCGGCCUGAUCAAGAACUUCGUCGAACACAUGGACGUCCUCUCCGCCGCGCGCGAGUACCUCUCCACCCUGCCCCCAGAGCGCAAGGUGCCCUCGGCGCGCGGACAGGCGCUCAUGCGCAAGGUCGCCAAGUUCGAGCACUACGACUACAUCAAGUCGUUCAUCGACAUGCACCCGCAGGGCAGGGUGCGCGCCGAGCUGAUGGUCCAGCUCGCGCUGCACCGGCACGGCGUGUCCAAGGGGUACCUUUUGCUGCUCACGCGCGAGCCGCUGCACGCGGCGCCCUCGCGCGCGCGCAUACCCGCCUGCAACUGA